AUGUUGUCUUCAUCAGCUGGUGUCUUCAAUAACCUUAUUGCUCAUAAAAAUAUUGUUUUCCAUUAAAAAAAAUCCCCUUUUAUAUUAUCCAUCAAUCUGUUUCUUCAUCAUCUAACCCAAUAGGUUCAAAAGGAUCUUGGUUUUCCACAAAUUUCUCUAGUGCCAACAGAACGUGCCCUGUGUUAGGUUAUUUCAUGGCUACAUCGAAGAAAUCAGUUUAUGACUUCACUGUUAAGGAUGCAAAGGGCCAAGAAGUGGAGCUUAGCAAGUACAGAGGAAAAGUGUUGUUGAUCGUUAAUGUUGCGUCACAAUGUGGAUUUACGAAUUCUAAUUACCCUGAGCUUACAACCUUGUACCAGAAGUACAAGGAUCAAGGUCUCGAGAUUCUUGGGUUUCCAUCCAAUCAGUUUAACGGACAAGAACCAGGAAGCAAUGAAGAAAUUCAGGAGUUUGUUUGCACUCGCUUUAAGGCCGAAUAUCCCGUCUUUGCUAAGGUUGACGUGAAUGGUAAAAACGCCGAACCCUUGUACAGUUUCUUGAAGGCGAGCAAAGGCGGGAUUCUUGGUGACAGCAUCAAGUGGAACUUCACAAAGUUUCUAGUCGAUAGAGAGGGAAAAGUCGUUGAUCGUUAUGCUCCAACCACCACUCCUCUAAGCAUAGAGAAGGAUAUAAAGAAGCUGCUUGGUGUUGCUUAAGCAGUGUACUUAUGAUGUAUGCUUCCAUAUUUUCGCUAUAAAUAAGCAUUGGUGUCGCUAUGCAUCAUAGUUUCCGAGUGUUUUAGUUUCUGAAUGUUUUCGUGUGAUUUAAGGUCGAAGUUUGAAGUUUAUCUUGUGGCGGUAGUUUUAUAUAUAAGCCGUGUUUUUAUUAAUGAAAUAAUCUUUCUUGUAUUUUCAAUUUAUAAAAAUCUGUUACGAAAAUUAUGAAUAAACUGCUGAGUUUUUGUUCAGUUU